UGUAGAGGUUUGGUUUUAAUCUGAUCAAGGUGGGAAUUGAACGGAAAGGUGGUGCUUACACAUCGCGACGGAUUGCGGAUAGACACAAAGCGAGGAUGUUGCGGCUGGCGUGUACCACCGUCCUGCUCUUCGUGCUCAGGCUGGUCCUGGCUCUGCCCUGGUUUCAGGUUCUUCCUGCUGUCGUCAUCUUCUUCCUGGGAACCGGAGGAUGGAACUCGCUGCGUGUGUUUAUGAAGACCAUCGGCCGAGACCUGCAUGCCGCCAUAGUGCUGCUGAAAGUGAAGCUGAACGUGAAGCGACACCUGCGUGAGCGUAACACCAUCCCCAAGAUCUUCGCCGAGUCGGUACAGAAGUACGGCGACAAGACGGCGCUGAUCUUCGAGGGCACGGGCGAGCGGUGGAGCUUCAGGCAGCUGGACGAGUACUCGAACCGUGUGGCCAACCUGCUGCACGAGCGCGGCUUCAGGGAGGGCGACGUGGUUGCUCUGUUCAUGGAGAACCGCUCGCAGUACGUGGGUCUGUGGCUGGGCAUGGCCAAGAUGGGCAUCGAGGCGGCGCUCAUCAACUUCAACCUUCGUCUGGAGGCCCUGGUGCACUGCGUCAACAUCUCCAACGCCAAAGCCGUGGUGUUUGGCAGCGAGCUGACCGACGCGAUGUGUGAGGUGCACAGCUCCAUGGGGAAAUCCGUAAAGCUCUUCUGUUCUGGUGAUUGGGAUCCCAAGCGAGUACCUGAGGGAACCGAGUGUUUAGAGCCACUCCUCCAGGCCGCGCCCACACACAAGCCCAGCCAACCACAGCGCGGCUUCACCGAUCGUCUCUUCUACAUUUACACAUCUGGAACUACUGGAAUGCCGAAAGCUGCGAUCGUCGUCCACAGCAGGUAUUACCGUAUGGCUGCUCUGGUGUAUUACGGUUUCAGGAUGCGGUCGGAGGACGUGCUGUACGACUGUCUCCCGCUUUACCACUCGGCAGGGAACAUUGUGGGCGUCGGCCAGUGUCUGAUCCACGGCAUGACCGUCGUCAUCAAGAAGAAGUUCUCAGCAUCCAAAUUCUGGGAGGACUGCAUCAAAUAUAACUGCACGAUCGUGCAGUAUAUCGGUGAGAUCUGUCGUUAUUUGCUGAAUCAGCCGGUGCGGGAUGUGGAGCAGCGUCACCGUGUGCGCAUGGCGCUGGGUAACGGUCUGCGUCAGUCCAUCUGGGAGGAGUUCAUGCAGCGCUUUAACGUACCGCAGAUCGCAGAGUUCUACGGCGCCACCGAGUGUAACUGCAGCCUCGGCAACUUCGAUAACAAGACCGGUGCGUGUGGCUUUAACAGCCGUAUCCUGCCCUUCGUCUACCCCAUCCGUCUGGUCAGAGUGAACGAGGAGACCAUGGAGCUCAUCAGAGGACGUGAUGGAGUGUGUAUACCAUGUGGUCCAGGUGAACCGGGUCAGCUGGUGGGCAGAAUCAUCCAGAAUGACCCCCUGAGACGCUUUGACGGCUACGUUAACCAGUCCGCCACCAGUAAAAAGAUCGCACAGAGCGUCUUUAAGAAAGGGGACAGCGCUUACCUGUCAGGAGACGUGCUGGUGAUGGACGAGUUCGGCUACAUGUACUUUAGAGACCGUACGGGAGACACGUUCCGCUGGAAGGGUGAGAACGUCUCCACUACUGAGGUGGAGGGAACGCUGAGCCGCCUGCUGGACAUGAAGGACGUGGUGGUGUACGGUGUCGAGGUCCCAGGUGCAGAGGGUAAAGCCGGCAUGGCGGCCAUCGCGGACCCGGACCACACCACAGACCUGGGGAGGUUCAGCAGGGAGCUGGAGAAGGCGUUGCCCCCCUACGCCCGCCCGGUCUUCCUGCGCUUCCUGCCUGAGGUCAACAAGACCGGAACCUACAAGUUCCAGAAGACGGAGCUACGCCGCGACGGUUUCGACCCGACCGUGGUGUCUGAUAAGCUCUACUUCCUGGACUGCACUAAAGGAUGCUACGUCGAGCUGGAUGCCAAACUGCACCGUAGCAUCGCCUCGGGGAAACAAAAAGUAUAAAGAAACCACUGCCGACUCCGCCCACUUCCUCAAACUUCCCUCAUCAGACCCGUCCUCCCUAGGAACCUUUCAACGCCUCGUCCCUCGUUACCUCAGCAACCGCAGUGAGGGGUAGCAGGAGCACUCCACCUCCCAGUUCACCCGUCCGUUCAGACACCCGAAGUGCCCCACCCUCGACCUACCGUGGGCAGGACGACACACAGACGUCGAUACAAACACUUUGAUAUGCGCUAUAGCGGUUUCUGGCACAAGGAGAGAGAGCGAGAGAGAACACGCCUCCUCGGUUCGUUCUGCACAGCGGCGGCGGCUUGUUGAUAACGUUGAUCUUGAACGCACUCCAAGAAAAGAAAAGAAAAAAAUCCCUCUCUGCUCAGCGAAGGGACCAAAUCGACACGCGUCACGUGUCCGUCCACGUGCAGCAGAGCGAACAGACAGCCAUAAAAGUGACUCGGUGUUCAAAUGCUAUUUAUUUCAAACUUGACCUGCACCAAAAAAUAUUUAAGUUGUAGAAUAGCGUUUAUUUAUAAAA